AUGGACGCGGAGGGGCGCUGCGCCGCGGUGGCCAGCGAGCUGCUCCUGGCUGCACUGGAGGACCUGAGCCAGGAGCAGCUGAAGCGCUUCUGCCUCAAGCUGCGUGAUGAGCCCAUGGAGGGCCGCAGCAUCCCGCGGGGGCGCCUAGAGCGCACGGACGCCGUGGAGCUCGCCCAACUGCUGAUUCAGUUCUACGGGCCGGAGCCCGCGCUGGACGUAGCCCUCAAGACCCUGAAGAGGGCCGACGUGCGCGACGUGGCGGCGCAGCUCAAGGAGCAGCGGCUUCAGCGGCUCGGCCUCGGCUCGGCGGCGAUGCUCUCCGUGUCCGAGUACAAGAAGAAGUACCGCGAGCACGUGCUGCGGGAGCACGCCAAGGUGAAGGAGCGCAACGCGCGCUCGGUGAAGAUCAGUAAGCGCUUCACCAAGCUGCUCAUCGCGCCCGAGAGCCCCGAGCCCGCUGAUGAGGCCCCGGGCGCCGCGGCCGACGAGCCUGAGCAGGAGCGCGCGCGGCGCUCGGACACGCACACCUUCAACCGUCUGUUCCGCCGCGACCCCGAGGGCCAGCGGCCCCUGACUGUGGUGCUGCAGGGCCCGGCGGGCAUCGGCAAGACCAUGGCGGCCAAGAAGAUCCUGUACGACUGGGCGGCGGGCAAGCUGUACCACGGCAAGGUGGACUUCGCCUUCUUCCUGCCGUGCCGCGAGCUGCUGGAGCGGCCCGCUGCGUGCAGCCUGGCCGACCUGCUGCUGGAGCAGUGCGCCGACCGCGGCGCGCCCCUGCCGCAGAUGCUGCAGCGGCCGGAGCGGCUGCUCUUUAUCCUGGACGGCGCGGACGAGGUGCCCGACGGCCUGGCCUGCAGCGACCCCUUCCAGCCCGUGGAGGUGUCGCGCGUGCUGGGUGGCCUCCUGAGCAAGGCGCUGCUUCCCGACGCGCGCCUGUUGGUGACCUCGCGUGCCGCCACUGCCUCCAGGGUGCAGGGCCGCUUGCGCUCCCCACAGUGCGCCGAGGUGCGGGGCUUCUCCGACAAAGACAAGAAGAAGUAUUUCUACAAGUUCUUCGGGGACGAGUGGAAGGCGGAGCGCGCCUACCACCUGGUCAAGGAGAACGAGACGCUGUACUCGCUGUGCUUCGUGCCCUUCGUGUGCUGGAUCGUGUGCACCGUUCUGCGCCAGCAGCUGGAGGGCGGCCAGGACCUGUCGCGCGCCUCCAAGACCACCACAUCCGUGUACCUGCUUUUCAUCGUCAGUUUCCUGGGCUCUGGCGCCCGGGAGUCCCAGUUGCAGAGCGAGAUGCGCAAGCUGAGCCGCCUAGCCCGGGAAGGAGUGCUUGGGUGCAAGGCCCAGUUUUCAGAAAGGGACCUGGACCGGCUGGAGCUUCGUGGCUCCAAGGCCCAGGAGCUUUUUCUCAUCAAGAAGGAGCUGCCAGGUGUGCUGGAGCCCGAAGUUAGCUACCAGUUCAUGGAUCACAGCUUCCAGGAAUUCUUUGCUGCCGUGUCUUACCUACUAGAGGAUGAGGAGGCUCCCAGGGCAGCGCCUGAGAGCAUCAGGUCACUUCUACACAGGUACAAGGAGGAGCACGGCCACCUGCCACUCACUGUCCGCUUCCUCUUUGGCCUGCUAAACACCGAGCGGAUGCAAGAAGUUGAGCACCACUUUGGCUGCAUGGUCUCCCAAAGGGUGAAGCAGGAUGUCCUCAAGUGGGUGCAGGGCCAGGGCCAGGACCACGGCCAAGGCACCCAGAAGGCAGCACCAGAGGAAACAGUGGAGGCCGAAAGGCAGGAGAGCAGCCGGGAGUCUGAGGAGCUGGAGGAGGAGGAGGAGGAGGAGGGUCUGGAGCUCUGCUACCCACUGGAGCUGCUGUACUGCCUGUACGAGUCACAGGAGCCCCCAUUUGUACGCCAGGCCCUGCAAGGCUUCCCACAGCUGACACUGGAGCGAGUGCGCUUAAGCCGCAUGGAUGUCACUGUCCUGAGUUAUUGCAUCCGCUGCUGCCCCCCAGGACAAGCGCUGCAACUGACUGCCUGCAGACUGACUGCUGCUCCCGAGAAGAAAAAGAAGAGCCUGAUGAAGCGGCUGAGGGGCAGCCUGGGCGGCUCCUCCAGCUCCGCAGCUCCCACAAGAAAGCCCCCCAUCUCCCUGCUGCGUCCUCUCUGUGAGGCCAUCACCGACCAGCAGUGUGGUCUGAGCAGCCUCACGCUGUCCUACUGCAAGAUCCCCGACUCCGUGUGCCGAGACCUCGCGGGGGCCGUGAGGCGCGCCCCUGCCCUGAGUGAGCUGGCUCUUCUCCACAGCGGGCUCAGCGAGACGGGCAUGCAUGUGCUGAGUGAGGGCCUGGCCUGGCCCCAGUGCCGGGUGCGAGUGCUCAGAGUGCAGCAGCCCAGUGCCCCAGAUGCAUUGCAGUACCUGCUGGGCAUGCUCUGGCAGAGCCCGGCACUGAUCACCCUGGACCUCAGCGGCUGUCAGCUGUCGGAACCUUUAGUGACCUACCUGUGCGGUGUCCUGCAGCACCCAGAGUGCCGCCUGCAGACCCUCAGCCUGACGUCUGUGGAGCUGAAGGAGGCAUCGCUGCAGGAGCUGCAGGCCUUGAGGACAGCCAAACCAGGCCUGGUCAUAACACAUCCUGCACUGGAGCAUACCCCUGAGCCUUCCCAGGACAACAGCAGUGCCCUGUGA